AUGGGGAAUAAGGGAAAUCUGAUCUUCUUAUGGGCUCUGCUGGUUGCAGUAGUCGCCAUGGCCGCCACCGAGCAUCAUCGUCCCUUUGAACGAGCUAAGGGCAUCAAUGGUCUCGACACCAUCAUCAUCCGCGACCAUCGAGGCCGAUCUGUCGAGGUUUAUUUGUAUGGAGGUCAAGUGACUUCUUGGAAGAAUAAGAAAGGAGAGGAUUUACUUUUUAUGAGUAGCAAGGCUAUAUUCGAGCCUCCAACAGCGAUUCGCGGAGGAAUUCCAGUAUUGUUUCCGCAGUACAGUAACACAGGUCCGCUUCCCGCGCAUGGAUUUGUUAGAAAUAGGUUCUGGGAAAUCGAGGCUAAUCCACCUCCUUUGCCAUCAAAAACUUAUUAUAAAGUUGACUUGAUCUUGAAAUCAUCCAAUGAUGAUUUGAAGAUAUGGCCUCACAAGUUUGAGUAUCGGCUGAGAGUAGCAUUGGGACAUAAAGGAGAUUUGACAUUGACAUGUCGUAUUAAGAAUUCUGAUACGAAGCCCUUUAACUUCACAUUUGGAUUUCACCCCUAUUUCGCUGUUUCCGAUAUCAGUGAAAUCCAUGUCGAAGGAUUGCAUAAUUUGGAUUAUCUUGACCAGCAAAAGAACAGAACGCGUUUCACUGAUAAUGCCAAAGUUAUAACUUUUAAUUCCCAACUUGACAGGCUUUACUUAAGCACUCCAAAUACAAUCAGAAUCGUGGACCAUAAGAAAAAGAAGACAAUAGUUGUAUACAAGGAGGGACAAGCUGAUGCUGUGGUGUGGAAUCCAUGGGAGAAGAAAGUCUCCGAUUUGGGAGUUGAAGACUACAGGCGUUUUGUCGCCGUGGAACCCGUGGCUGUCGAGAAACCGAUCACAUUGAAACCCGGUCAAGAGUGGAAAGGAAUACUCCAAAUGUCUGUGGUUCCUUCUCGUUGCUCCACUGGAAAGCUUGGCUCAAAACAAGAAGACAAGACAAAACGUGGAACUACUAACCACGUUAAUUGUUCUUCAGACACUAUUACGUUUCGUUGCUUAUAUUAG